AUGGAAGAACGAGAGGUACAAGUCAACACAGCCACCAUCAUUCCAUUGUUGUGGGAGUUUCUUCAUCAAUUUUCUACAUUGCAGAAACUUUUACGAACUACAGCUUGGCUAAUGAAAUUCCUGCUAUACCGUUUUUAUCUAUCAGACCCGAUGAAAACAGUGGUGACACCCUUAGAACUUCAUUAUGCAAACCUGGCCUUGAUUCGUCAUGAACAACAUCAUUAUUUCGGUGCUGUUAUUAACAUCUUGAUAUCAGGGAAGAUCUCUCCGAAGAAAAAAUUGGCUCGAUUAACACCUUAUAUUGAUGCUAAAUACCUUCUACGAGUAGGAGGUCGUUUAAAAAACUCUAUUCCGAAUCCAGACGAGAAACACCCUCUCUUUCUUGCUUCAUAA